GGUGGACUGCAUCUAUAAGCCACUUUUAAAGGACGACGGUGAUGGACAGGUAGAUGUUUCGCUCUGACUGCGCUUUAAUUGUGUUGUGGGGUUGCCAAGUGAUGCCGUAUUCAAGGAUCGUAAUCAUAUACUGAAAAAUAGGCAGGAUAAAGACGCUCCCCGGCGUGAAAACAGUUAGUUUGGCAUCAUCUCUGAAAACAUGGCAAUGUCCCUAACCCAAGCCUGCCGGAGUCUUGCCCUGUCUACAUGGCUGCUGUCGUUUUGCUUCGUGCAUUUGCUGUGUCUGGACUUCACAGUGGCAGAGAAGGAGGAAUGGUACACUGCCUUUGUCAACAUCACUUACCUGGAUCCAGUCACAUCUGAAAUAAAGACAGACAAGAGUGAAUGUGGCAGAUAUGGGGAGCACUCACCUAAAAGAGAUGCCAGGGGCUUUGUGUUUAUACCAUCUCUUCUGCAGGACAGACAGGUGUGUGACAGUAACACUAAAUUCCCCCUUCCCCAUCCCAGCAUCCCAUGGAUAGCACUGAUAGCCAUAGGAAACUGCACCUACAGGGAGAAGAUCAGAUAUGCUGCUGCUCUCAAUGCAUCCGCUGUGGUUAUUUUCAAUGUGGGCUCCAGCAACUCCAAUGAGACCAUUACUAUGCCACAUCACGGUACCGGCGAUGUGGUGGCGAUCAUGAUCCCCGAGCCCAAAGGUCGUGAGAUCAUGGCCCUGCUGGAGAAGAACAUAACCGUGACCAUGCACAUCACCAUAGGCACACGCAACCUGCAGAAAUACGUCAGCCGCACCUCCGUGGUGUUCGUCUCCAUCUCCUUCAUCGUCCUGAUGAUCAUCUCUCUGGCCUGGCUGGUCUUCUACUACAUCCAGCGCUUCCGCUACGCAAACACACGCGACCACAACCAGAGGCGAUUGGGCGAUGCUGCAAAAAAGGCCAUAAGCAAGUUACAAGUGCGGACCAUCAGGAAGGGUGACAAGGAAACCGAGUGGGGCUUUGAUAACUGCGCUGUGUGUAUUGAAGACUACAAACCUAAUGAUGUUGUCAGGAUACUGCCAUGUCGUAUGUCUUCCAUACGAAUCUUGUUAACGUUUUCAUUCCGAUUCAAAAACAUCACCUCUCACCAGCACCAGCCGUCCAUGAGCGCAGAUUCAGACGCCUCACUCAUCAUGCCAGUGGAGCUCGUCCUGUCCAACGUUGAACUGCAGUCCGAUCCAGAACAGGACGAUGUGAAGUCUUGAAGUGCCAUAAACGGAGCAGGACCGCAGCGGGACGAUAAAAGAACACGAGCAAUAGCAGCACAGGUGUGCAACCUCCUUUUCUGACCUCAUGAUCUCAAUCGCCGCAAAAAAAACAGCUUGCUUGUCCUCUUCCUCUGGCUGUAUUGCACUCAAUGUCUUCUGUCCCAAGCUUGUGCUACCAGACUGGAAAAGCCACAUUGUCCUACGAAGGAUGUUUCCGCUGUUAUUUUGGAAAAUUUUGAUUGUUUCAAAUUCCCUAUGGGAUCACUGCCAGUAUACACCAGGAUAUUCCAAAAUGAAUAUACGUAAUGCAUCAAUGAAUGUGCUCUACAUUUGCUUUGAGUGUGUAAAGCGGUUUGUGUGUGCUGUAACCAGCAGUUCAUAUGGUCCAGUGUCAGAUGCUCCUUGUGAAGUAUCACCAGUGCUUAUCGUGUGCAGGACGCUAUUCUUGCAUCUCCUCAAAUGUGAUGUCAAAUCACGCUACAGUGAACCCAGCUCAUGACAUGGUGAGUGUUUCAGCAGCCGUAUCCAAUGACAGUGUGUCACGAUAGUGUUUGUGAAUCACAAUGCCACAAACGCAGAUACUUUCCGCUCAUUUUGUCUUGACUAAGUGCUGUCAUCUGUUCUGCUAGGCCACAUACACACUGCUAAAUACAGUGACAACUGCAUUCAAAUUCAACCUAAAUUUUCAUGUCAUAUUUCAUUUAGCUUGGAAAUUAAUUACAUUGUGGAAUGUCAAAAAUAACUAAAGGCCCAUUCACACGCAAAACAAUAACUAUUAGUGAUGCACCAAAAU